AUGGAUUAUUCUACCAAUGUUACAUAUUUAUCUUUGGAAGGACAUGUGGAACUGGAGAAAUAUAGAUAUGUUUACUUCAUAAUUUGUCUUACAGUUUAUAUACUGAUAAUUUUUUGUAACACUGUUGUCAUUUCUGUCAUUUACAAAAGCAAACAUCUCCAUGAACCAAUGUACAUAUUCAUUGCUGCUUUACUUUGCAAUUCUCUUUUUGGAACAGCUGCCUUAUAUCCUAAAUUACUGACUGAUUUUUUGUCUGAAAAACAAAUUAUCUCUCUUGAAGCAUGUCUGUUUCAGGCCUUUUGCAUUUAUACAUAUGGAACAUCAGAGUUCACUUUAUUAUCAGCUAUGGCCUAUGACAGAUAUGUGUCCAUAUGUAAACCAUUACAAUACGCAACUCUUGUAAAAAUGUCCACUGUUAAAAAGAUCUUAUUUGUCUGUUGGUUUGUGCCUUCCUGUGAAAUUGGCAUAUCAAUAAUAUUAACAUACCGACAGCUGUGUAAAUUUAAAUUAAACAGAAUAUAUUGUAAUAACUACUCAAUUGCUAAAUUAAGUUGUGGAGACAUAUCUGCUAUGAAUUCGUAUGGACUGUUUAUUUUAAGCAUUGCUGUAUUUCCACCAGUAUUCUUUAUAAUCUAUUCAUAUAUUAGAAUAAUCGAUGUCUGCUUAAAGAAUUCAAAAGAGUUUAGAAGAAAAGCUCUACAGACCUGCUUCCCACACCUUUUCAUUUUUAUCAGUUUCUCUAUUACUGGAUGUUUUGAAGUGAUUAACAGCAGAUUAGAAGGAAACGUACCUCAUUUAUUUGCCAUGAUAAUGUCAGUUGAAAAUUUGGUAAUUUCUCCUCUACUCAAUCCUAUUAUAUAUGGACUUAAACUGCAGGAAAUAUGGAAUCAAAUAAAGUUGUUGGGAAGGAGAAGAAUUUCUUUUUAG